AUGCCGCGGAAGAGCGCACAGCGGUCCAACUCGUCGUCGAGCCUCUCGUCACAGGCAUCGGCAUCGACGCUGUCGGCCUCGUCAUCCUCAUCACAGCCAAACGGUACUGCCCCCCUCAACGGCACCGAGUGGGCUGCCACCCGCAAAGCAAAAGCACCAAAGGGACUAUGGCCCGCAACUAAGACUGAGCCCAUCGCAGGAAUCACCGCUGCCCGCUCGCAGCCCAUCGCAUCUGCAGGCCCCGGCUCGUCGGCCGCCUCGGCCAUGAGCGCCCUCCAAGCGCCCUCCGCAAUGGUCCCCUCGCAGCACAAUGGCCCUGUCCCGGCCCAGCAGCAGCCCAACGGCGCCCAGCGCCCCCAGCCCCAGGAGAGCACCGCCGUCCUGCACCUGGUCCCCAUGAACGGCACCUUUGAGCGCAAGACCAUCACCGUUCCCUUCUUUCCCGACGUCCUGCGCAUCGGCCGCCAGACCAACAACAAGACGAUCCCCACCCCGCUCAACGGAUACUUUGACUCCAAGGUCCUGUCCCGCCAGCACGCCGAAGUAUGGGCCGACCGCCAGGGCAAGAUAUGGAUCCGAGACGUCAAGUCGUCCAACGGCACCUUUGUCAACGGCUCCCGCCUGUCGCAGGAAAACCGAGACUCGGACCCCCACGAGCUGCGCGAAUCCGACAUGCUGGAACUGGGCAUCGACAUUGUCAGCGAAGACCAAAAGACCAUUGUCCACCACAAGGUCGCCGCACGCGUCGAGCAUGCCGGCAUAUACACCCGCUCAAGCAACGAGAUGAUGGACCUCAACUUUGGCGAGCUCGACGGGCCCCAGAUGUCAAACAUGAUGGGCGGCGCCAACCAACAGCAGAUGCCGGGCAUGCGAGGUCGCACAUCAAGUCAAGGCUCCAUGAACAACCAGCGACUCCAGGGCCCUGGCGCCAUGCCCAAUUACCCCAAUGGUCUACAGCAACCCCGCCACCCCAACUUCUGGCUGCAGCCCAUCACCAUGGAGCAGGUAGUCAAGAAGCUCAACGCUGAGAUCAAAGCCGCCAAGCAACAGUCGCAAGACCUCCAACAAGCCCAUCAGUACAUCAAUGCCAUCCUCUCGGCAGACCCCAAGAAGGAACCCACAAAGCCGUCUCCCAUCAGCCAAGUCAAGAUAUCCCCCAUCAAGGACAACAGCCUGAAAGCCAGGUUCUCAGACCCACCAGCGCCGCCACCACAACAGCCUUUGCCCGAGAAGCCCGAUGUUGCAUCGUCCCUCCGGAGGUCAGACAUCGACCGUCCCAAGGCAGCGUCGCCAGUGCGGUCCGAUCCGCAGUUGUCCACGCUCACCGAGGCCCUGACCAAUGCCAAGAAAGAAAUAGAAACACAGGGCAUGCGGUUACGAGACCUGGAGACUCUGCUGAACGAAGAGCGCCGCGCAAGAGAAGACGCCGAAGAGCGAGCGGCCCGGCUCGAGCGCGAGACACUCAAGGACCACAGCGAUACAGAGACUGUCGUGGGAGACGACGACAUGCAAAAGUCUGACAUGGACAUGCCAGAGCACGAUGAACUCACUGGCGUCGAAAACGGGAGCACAACUUCCAGCAGUGCCGAUGACGCUGCAGCCCGCCUACAGUCGCGGCUGGACCUCAUGAUGUCGGAAAUGAACGAAAUGAAGCAGCAGAUGGAGCGCUACCGCGAGCGGGCCGAAACUGCAGAAGCCAACAGCAAAACGCUGGCAGAGAUGAUUGAAAACAUCCGAAAAGACAAUGCAAAGGCCGCCAGCAAGGAAGCUCUCUGGCGAAGCAGAAGCGACAGCGCAUCUGCAAAACCCGACGUCAAGGCCCAAGUACAAGCCGACCAGGCCGAGGAGGGUGAGAUUACCAUUAUCCGGGAGGAAGACCUCGACGAAGACGGCCCAAAAGCGUCGCUUCCCGUGCACAGCCAGCAAAAUGGACACAUUGUUGUCCAGAAUGGCUCAAAACAGGUUGGUAAACCAAAGUCAUUGGUUGCAUAUAGAGUGGAUCGAGACUCGAUGUAUUACGGCGGACCCGUUGGAGCCAUGGUCACGGUUGUUGCAAUAGGGGUGGCUGUCAUGGCCAUGCUUAACCAAUACCCCAAGGGCGAGCGUUGA